AUGCGCAAAACCUUUCCGCGGCUGAAUGCAAACUGGGGGGCUGGUAUGAAUGGUAAGACUAAUAAUGGAAGUACCGGUAGCAAUGGGAAUAAGAGUAGCGGUAACAAAGGCAACAAAAAUAACAAUAACAACAAUAACAACAAUAAUCCAAUGGGUAACUUCUCGUGGAAAGACUGGGUGGUGCCUACUCUUUUCAUGUUUCUUCUUAUGAAUGGAAUGGGUAUAUCAUCAGCAGACCGUGGGGCGCAGCUCACGUUCCAAGAUUUCAAAGUGAAUUACCUUAGUAAGGGUUUGGUCAGGCGGGUUGUUGUGAUCAAUGGGGCAUAUGCAGAAGCAGAGUUGAUGUCUGGAAUUCCUCGCCAUGUUGGAUUCACGAUUGGAUCUCCGGAUGUUUUUGAUCGGGAGAUGGAAGAGGCCCAGGACAAGUUGCGGAUUCCAAGCAAUGAGCGAAUUCCUAUUUCGUACGAGACGAGAACCAGCAUAUGGACAUACAUAAUGCCGUUUGUUCCAACGCUUCUUUUGGUUGGUGGAGGCUAUUAUCUUCUCAUGCAGAUGCGGAAGAGGGGCCCAAAGGGUACCGGCGGGCCGUUCGACUCAAUUAUGAACGUUGGAAAAUCCAAGGCGAAGUUGUUCAACCAGGACACAAACAUCAAGGUGAAGUUCAAAGACGUGGCGGGAUGCGAUGAGGCAAAGGCAGAAAUCAUGGAGUUUGUCAACUUCUUGAAGCAGCCACAGAGAUACGAGCGUUUGGGUGCAAAAAUCCCCCGUGGUGCUAUUUUGGCUGGUCCUCCCGGUACAGGUAAAACGUUGCUUGCCAAAGCUACUGCUGGAGAAGCAGGUGUUCCAUUUCUUUCAGUUUCCGGUUCUGAAUUCGUCGAGAUGUUUGUAGGUGUUGGUGCUUCACGUGUGCGUGAUUUGUUUGCCACGGCAAGAAAGCUGGCUCCUAGCAUUAUCUUCAUCGAUGAGAUAGAUGCCAUUGGUGGUGCACGUGAGAAGUCGCCGAUGCGUGCAAAUGAUGAAAAGGAGGCCACUUUGAACCAGUUGUUGGUCGAAAUGGAUGGAUUCGACACCUCUGACCAUGUUGUUGUGUUGGCUGGUACAAACAGAUCAGAUAUGCUAGAUAAAGCUUUGCUUAGGCCGGGAAGAUUUGACAGGCACAUCUACUUGGAUAAGCCAGACAUCGAAGGCAGAAAGGCCAUCUACAAGGUUCACCUAAGGCCAAUCAAGUUGAAGGAGCCCGUCACGGACACUUUUGCAGGUAGGCUAGCAGCCAUGACUCCGGGAUUUUCAGGUGCUGAUAUUGCCAACUGCUGUAAUGAGGCUGCUUUGAUUGCCGCCAGGCAUAAUGCCAAUUAUGUUGAGCUUAAGGACUUUGAGCAGGCAAUAGAGAGGGUGAUCGUUGGAUUGGCAAAUAAGACCAGGGUCCUCUCUCCAGAGGAGAAAAAGACCGUUGCCUACCACGAGGCUGGCCAUGCGAUCUGUGGAUGGUAUUUAAAAUAUGCUGAUCCAUUGUUGAAGGUUUCCAUCAUUCCUCGGGGACAAGCUGCGUUGGGUUAUGCUCAGUACCUUCCGCCGGACCAGUAUUUGAUUUCACGCGAGCAGUUUCAGCAUAAGAUGAUUAUGGCCUUGGGAGGACGAGUUUCAGAGGAGUUGCAUUUCCCAUCUGUCACCACAGGUGCUGCAGAUGACCUACAAAAGGUUACAAAGAUGGCUAAUGCCAUGGUUUUGAAGCUAGGAAUGUCGAAGAAACUAGGAACGAUCGUUUUUGAACCUAAAGACACCCAGAUGCAGGUGCAUAAGCCAUUCAGUGAAGAGACGUUCGAGGUCAUCGACACUGAGGUGCAUCGUUUGAUCAAUGAUGCUCAUGCAAGGUGUAAGGAGCUUCUCACAUCAAAAAUUGAUGAGGUCGACAAGGUUGCGAAGGAGCUUUUGAAGAAAGAGGUAAUUACCAGGGAUGACAUGAUUCGUCUUUUGGGCCCAAGGCCUUUCAAGGAACAGAAUGAUGCUUUUAGGAAAUAUCUUUUACCGAAGGAUGAGGAUGGUGGAGAAAAUCCACAUAAUGACUCAGGAAAGCCGGAACCAGAGCCUGUUGCUUGA